CUGCACGAGGCAGGACCGUCGUAGCAGUCGUUCGUCUCUGCCUUUUCUUCAGUCCUAGCUAGUCUUGGGUUGCCUCUGUCGUUCUUUACCUUUCUCUUCCUCUACAACCUCUUACCUCUUCUCUUUCUCUGUCUUCAUAUCAUCUUUAAUUUCGUAUGUCGCUCCUUCCAUUUCACCCGUUCACCCACUCACCCCUUCUCUCAGUUCAUUCAUCAUGCGUGUUAAAGAUAUCUUGUCCGUCAUACCCAUCCCUGCCAACAUCAAGCUACUCGUCGUCUUCCAGGUCCAAGCCUUUACCAUCAACCUCAACGCAGCAAACCUCCUAGCUUCCAUCACACAGCAGGGAAACUUGUCAGACAUACAGGGCUUCACCGUCCUCACCUCCGACGACCUUGUCUUUUGCGACCAUGUCCCCAGUACCGUUAGUACCAGCUCCUGUAACGUCAUUUGGGACGGCGUUCCUGUGGAUGACAAUGAGAUGACCGACGUCAAUGCUACUCCUAUGGGCUCUCCCGCCAUGGCAGACGCUACCACCAGCGUCAACAUGUCUAGCACGUCCACCUCAAGCUCACCUUCUUCAACUCCAUCCCCGUCUGCAUCCAAGAUGGAGACCACCUCAGCCCUAACGACUUCUCACGCCUCCACCUCCAAGAGCACCGUCACCGUCACCGUGACAGCUUCCACAAAGUCGGCCGAAUCAGCCAAACCGUCAUCUGACCAGCUGGACGUGUCCGCGAGCGAGACGAAGGUAACGGUGGUCACGCACAGCAGCGCGCCUACCUCUUCCUCUACGGGCAAGGCGGAUGAACAGGACUACGUUGUGCGCCGAAGCCGUGUUGUCUCGCGUCGUGCGGAUCGUUCGUACCAGCCGCGCGAUACUUCAAUCGAGGCUAUCGAGGUCAACGGAACUGUGAGCGUCAUCGUGAACGGCUUGGGAUGGAACAACCAGCCUGCUGUCCUCGACCGCCAAUGUCUAUGGGCUCUCACAUGGCCCGUCCAGGUGUUGCGCAACACGAAGCGCGAGGAUAUCACGUUUAUCGCUUUUCAGUUUUGGGUUCUUGGCAUGUCCUUCGUCGCUCUUUUGAACGAAUCCGUUCCUCACACCUUCGCCUCCCUCCUCACGCACAUGCUCGCAACAGGUUGGGCAGGGAUCCAGCUCUACAACACCGCUGAAUUCCACAGCGAAUUCGAGCGUCUCACCACGAACGGUGCCUGUAACCCUAUCGACCUUAUCCCGAACUACUGGAGCGCCCGUGCGGCAGCUGAGAUUCCUAGCUUGGCGUUCAAUGCCGCGGGGUUGGUCACAUCUGCAGUGCUUUCGUGGAGGUUGGCCAAGCUCUAUGGAUGGCAGACUUUCAAACGCGUCGGAGCGUCCAUCACCAUCAGCCGCGUCUACAAAAUUGUCCUCACGCUCUCCAUCGUCAUCCAGCUCUCCCUCUUCUUCAUGGUCGUCUCCGUCGCCCUCUGGAUCGACCAGCUGUGGAACGGCUCGAUUGGGAAACUGGCGACGUCGUCGGUGUAUAGGCCGAUCUUGAUUAUUACGUUGAUUCUUAUGAUACCAUGGCUAACCACCGGCUGGUUCGCCGUUCGCAGAGAGCUCAAGAUCCCCAUGCUCAUCUUCCUCUUCCUCUCCUUCGCCUACCUCGUCGGCUGGAGCGCCAUGUUCGCCUCCACGACCUUCCGCUGGACGUUCCUCCAAUGGCGCUUCUUUGCGCUUAUCACCACCGCUUCUGUCUUUCUCACCUUUGUCUCGUUCGUGCUGGGUGUGAUGGGCCGGGUUAAUUUUGGGAAGGGCUUGGUGCGGUAUUUAAACGCCGAAGAGCCCCUCCCAGGCGACACCUUCACCUACGUCUCCCCAACCGGCAAAGACAUCGAAAAAUCCCCCUUCCCGUUCAGCGAGCGCACCGUCCCGACGUUCUCGGUCGCUUUUGGGUCGGGAGGCGCCGAGGCGCCUUUGCCGUCGCAGAUGUUCGCGCCCCGUCCGUUUUCGCUGCGGCUUUCUGGGUCUGUGCGUUCGUCGCAGGCGGAAUUGCUGCCUCAGGGCCAGCGUCAGAGCCAGGGACAGAACGAGAGCUACCCCCCGCUAUACGCAGAAGACGCCGCCCUGCCCGCGCCCGCAGCCGCCUUCUCGCGCGCCUCGCCGAGCAGGUCGUCCUUCCGCUCACUGGCGCGGCACGGCUCGCAGCUGAGCGUGCAGAGCUCGGUCAGCAGCGACAGCUCGAACAGCUCGUAUGGCCAUUUGAAUGGGAGGCGGUGGGUGAUAGAGUAGGGAGUGGGCGAGGGGUAUUUAU